AUGGAUAUCAUUGUCUCACCUAACAAAAAACCCAACUCAGCCAUGGAUACCAUUGCCUCACCUAACAUAAAACCCAACUCAGUCAUAGAUACCACUGCAUCACCUGACAAAAAACCCAACUCAGAAACCAAGCAAACCUCCUUUGAUGACCUCUCAAAUGACUUGUUACUAGAGAUCCUCCAUAGACUUCCUCUAAAACCAGCUCACCGCUUCAAGUGCAUUUCCAAGAGAUGGGGCUAUUUAAUUUCUCAACCCCAAUUUGCUCAACGUUUUAUUCAAAGAAUGAAACUCUUGUUCCCAUUACAAUCACCACCUUUUUCACUGUUCUUUCAGUGUUACUCUCCAGAACCAUUUCCAAUUGAGUUCAAACAAUUUCAUAGGGACUCAAACUUUAGAUCCUCCAACUUUUUCUUCAAUUUUCUUCCUCCCAAUCCAAAACCCCCCAUUUACUUGGGAUCGAGUAAUGGAUUGGUGUUGUGCUCCACAACAAUCUUGUAUCAAAAGGAUUACUAUGUUUGCAAUCCACUCACUGGGAAAUGGGUCUUUCUUCCAUGGCCCCCUUACUUCGAUAAAUAUGUCCUUGCUGGAUUUGUAUGCUAUGCUUCCUAUGAUGACAUUGACACCAUUAAUACUCAAUUCAAGGUUGUGCGAGUCACUCCUGGCGGUAUAAAUCAGAUACGAGCAGGUCAACUCUGUGUGGAGAUAUUCAGUUCCGACACUAGUGAAUGGAAACAACUUAUAGUGCACUGUGAAGGUCUUCAAGAUGUGGCUGAUGUUACCAUGUUUCAGACACACCCAAUUCUUGCCCACAAUGAUGUCGUGCAUUGGGUGAACCAUUACAGUGGAAAGAUUCUUGCUUGUGAUCCUAAUGAUGAACAUGGUAAAUGUCGUCUCAUUGAUCUUCCAAAUGACCCAGAUGGAAUGUAUCAACACAAAUGCUUAUCAGUGUGCCAAGGGCGUCUGCAGUGCCUGAUUAUAUGUGAAGAGGUAUGUCAACAUAUGAUUCACCGAUGGGAAUUCCUCGAGGACGAGGACUACAUUGCUGGGAAAUGGUCCUUGGUGGCAAGGAUUCCUGUGUGCAAAAGUAAUCAGCUAUUGAGAGUGAUAGCUACUCACCCAGUUGAUCCAAUGAUCUUAUAUUUGCGGAAGUCAAAACGCAUUGUCUUGUUGAAUGGACACACUGAAGAAACGGAUGUGGUUCAUUAUUUUGCUGAGGAUCAAUUUGGAUGUUAUGAUGCUAUGAUAAAUGCCUUCCAGUUUGUACUUCAGUGGUGGCCAACCCCAGUUCCAGAAUUGCAUAAAGGGAUAACAGUUGGAGAACGUAGCGUCUUUGAUGGUGGGGAGGGUGUAAUUGAUAAGCACAGUGACCUCUCUCACAUGAGUCCCUUUUAA